AUGUCUUCUCAUCAGAUGAAGCAGACAAGCACUACUGGUAUGCACGAGAUCGGCAGCCCCUCGAGCAUGGAGCUCGAUGAUGCCAACCUGGCACGUAUGGGGAAACGGCCAGUCCUAAAGCGAAACUUCGGAUUGAUGUCGAUGUUAGGGUUUAGUUGUACCAUUCUGAUCACUUGGGAGGGAAUCGUUGUUCUGUUUCUGCAAGCUUAUGCCAAUGGCGGCCCUGCUGGUGCGGUAUACGGCUUUAUUUUCGUCUGGGUCGGAGUCGCGUCGACUUUUGUCGUACUUUCCGAGCUGGCAUCCAUGGCACCAACGUCUGGGGGUCAGUAUCAUUGGUGCUCGAUGCUUGCCCCACGAUCCGUGAUGAAGCUCUUUAGCUAUAUAACUGGCUGGCUUACUGUCAUCGGAUGGCAAGCAACAUAUGCAACCUCGUGCUUUUUAUGUGGGACUCUUAUCCAGGGAUUGAUCAUCCUCACACAGAGUAGCUACGAACCGAAGAAUUGGCAUAGUACUCUGCUUUUCUGGGCAGUUGCAUUAUUUUCAGUUGGCAUCAACUCGGUCGGAGGAAAACUACUACCACGAUUUGAGGGAUUCAUUCUUAUCCUACACAUCCUCGGCUUCUUCGCUAUCCUAAUUCCGCUAACCUACAUGGCGGAUCAUGGAUCGGCGCAUGAUGUGUUCACCCAGUUUUUGAACAUGGGCGGAUUUCCAUCCCAGGGACUUUCUUUCUUUGUUGGCAUGGUUGGCUGCAUAUUUUCAUUUGCCGGUGGUGAUGCUGCAGUGCACAUGUCCGAAGAAAUCACCAAUGCAGCAACGGCCGUUCCAACAUCCAUCAUGCUCAGCGUCUUAAUCAACGGAUCCCUGGGAUUUGGCAUGCUACUGGCUAUGCUAUUCUGCCUGGGAGAUAUUGAAGCCGCACUAGGGUCGCCCACUGGCUAUCCUUUUAUGGCGAUUUUCUUACAGGCCACUGGAUCUGUACCUGGUACCGCUGUGAUGAGCUCUAUUGUCACCACUAUGGGUAUCACCACCUCCGUCGGCAUGUUAGCCUCUGCAUCACGCCAAUUUUGGUCAUUCGCUCGUGACCGAGGUAUUCCGGGUUGGCGAAUCUGGAGCCAGGUUCAUGGUAGUACCGGCGUGCCUAUCUACUCGGUCCUUCUUACGACCUGCGUCGUCUGCCUCCUUGCUCUGAUUCCUAUUGGCUCAUCAGUCGCCUUCAAUGAUCUUGUCGCCAUGUCGAUUUCUGGGCUUUAUCUUUCAUACAUGGUCGUCGCUGGGCUUCUCCUCUACCGACGCUGCACAGGUGGCAUCAGCAAUGCCCGAAGCAGUGAUUCAGCGGUCGUUAACACUGUCGGUGCGAAGCUUGUGUGGGGCCCAUUUCAUCUUUCGGGUAUUUGGGGCAUAUUGGUCAACGCCUUUGCGCUCGUCUACAUGACAAUUGCUGUGUUCUUCAGUUUCUGGCCCCCCUCUUGGGUUGUCACGGUUCAGACAAUGAACUUCAGCGUGGUUGGAACUGUUGGUGUGAUCCUCCUCAGCCUCGUCUACUACGGCCUCCGGGCUAGAAAGGUGUACGACGGUCCGAUCGUGGAAAUCGACUAG